UUAAACGCAACACGUGAUUUUAAGUCAACAAAAGCUGCAAAACACAACUUUAAAAGACUAAAAGUUUAAAAUAGACACCCAAUGAAACACUGUACACGCAACACGCGUUUUAAGCGUUUUGGACUCAGGCUAGAGUUAUUUAAACAGGGUGUUUUGUCACAAAUAAUUAACUCAGUAUUGUGCACAGUGUUCUCUUCUUCUUCUUCUUAGUUUAGAAAGGACCUUUAACCUAAAAAUGGAGUUUGUCUAUACGGAGGACGAGGGUUAGACCCUCGUCCGACCCUCGUCCUACAUGGCACCAUUUUUUUUUUUUUUAUUCUUUGAUUAAAAAAAUAAAAAAAAUUAAAAAACAAUGAAAACGCGGGACAAGAGACUUACAGACAAAGAUGGGGUCCAAAAUUUCCCCCCAUUUCUCACCCUCUCCGACCACCGACCGAGCGCCUCCCACCUAGACGACCACCAUCCCUCUCCCAGCUCAGGGCCUCCCACCUAGACGACCGGCCCACCGACCGAAACCAUCCCUCUCCCAGCUCUCUCUCUCUCUCUCUCGGACCCAGCAGAACGGACCGAGCGCCUCCCACCUAGACGACCGGCCCACCGACCGACACCAUCCCUCUCCCAGCUCUCUCUGUCUCUCUCUCGGAUCCAGCAGACCGACGGCCCACGAGCACUGCGGAUCUCCGUCCAGGUCCGACGAGAAGCUGCGCCAGAGCCGACGACGAGCACCGCCGAUCUCCGGUUAGUCUCCCUCUCUCCGCAGAUCUCUGACGAGGAGCGCCAGAGCCGGGCUUUUUCUGGAUAGCAGAUCAUUCAAUCCCCUCCCUGUGCGACGCCUCCUUCUCUCCCAGUGUGAACAAAAUCUCAGAUGGAAUAGAAACUGUAGCUGAUGAACAGUUGAAAGAUGGUGUGGACAAUUGCAGUUCCAAACUGAAGCUCAUAGAUGAAGAUGGAAUAGAAACAGUAGCUGAUGAACAGUUGAAAGAUGGUGUGGAAAAUUGCAGUUCCAAGUUGAAGCUCAUAGAUAAAGUUAAAAAUGUUGAGCAACCUAAGGAAGGGAUGCUAUUUGGCUCCAUAGAGGAACUUCAUGAGUAUUAUAGGAGUUAUGCAAAGCAAGAAGGUUUUGGUGUGGUACAGAAGAAGAAGAAAAAGAAUAAAGAUAAAAAUGUACAUUACAUAAGUCUAGGAUGUGCUCGUCAAGGCAAAAGACAAUCCAGCUCAAGUAAUAGCUUUUGCAAGCCUUCUCAAACAAUUAGAACAGGGUGUAAGGCUACUUUGAAUGCAAAGUUAGUUGACACAAAGUGGUAUGUGACUUGUGUAACUAUUGCCCAUAAUCAUGCUUUAAGCCCUGGAAAAGCAAGAUAUUUUAGAAGCCACAAGAUUUUGGAUCCUUGUACGAAGCGAAAGCUUGAGAUUAAUGAUAAAGCUGGGAUACGCAUGAACAAGAUCAAUAACUCGCUAACCGUUGAAGCGGGGGGUAUGAGAAUCUUACUUUUGGAGAGAAAGAUUGUCGCAAUUAUAUUGCAAAGGCAAGACAUCUACGCCUUGGCACAGGAGGUGCUGCAGCAUUGUAUGACUACUUUUGUAGAAUGCGGAAAGCUAAUGAUGAUUUCUACUUUGAUAUUAACAUGGAUGAUGAAUGUAGGAUGAAAAAUGUGUUUUGGGCUGAUGCACGAAGUAGGGCAUCGUAUGAAGUUUUCGGGGAUGUGGUUACAUUUGAUACAACAUACUUGACGAAUAAGUACGAAAUGUCAUUUGCUCCUUUUGUUGGAGUAAAUCAUCAUGGUCAAUCAAUACUUUUUGGGGCGGCAUUAAUCUCAAGUGAGGACACAACGACAUUUGUAUGGUUGUUUGAGGCAUGGUUGAAAUGCAUGAAGGGCCGAGCGCCAAUGGCAAUUAUUACAGAUCAAGAUAGGGCUAUGAAAAAUGCAAUUAAUAAGGUCUUCCCGAAUGCCCGACAUAGAUUUUGUUUAUGGCACAUAUUGAAAAAACUUUCAGAGAAAUUUCGAUCACAUUCACAAUACAAUGCCAUUAAGAGUGCCAUACGAAGUUGUGUGUAUGAUUCUCAGACAUGUGAUGAGUUUAAUGCAAGCUGGCAGAAUUUACUUAAGAGUUAUAAUUUGGAGGAUAAUGCAUGGCUGCGUGAUUUAUACAAGGAACGAACUUUCUGGGUACAGGCAUAUUUGAAAAGUGUAUUUUGGACCAGCAUGACUACCACACAAAGGAGUGAAAGUAUAAAUUCAUUUUUUGAUGGUUAUGUGCACUCGUCAACCUCUUUGAAGGAAUUUGCGGAUCAAUACGAUAACACUUUGCGAAAGAGGGUUGAGAGUGAGAAUGUUGCUGAUUUCAAUUCUUUUAAUUCCACGAUUCAGUGUGUGAGCAGAUUUUCCUUUGAGAAGCAAUUUCAAGAACUUUACACGCAUAACAAGUUUAAAGAAGUUCAGGAGGAGAUAAGGGAGUUGAUGUAUUGUGAUUGCUCUCUUCUAAAAAGUGAAUGUGGAAUUUGUGCAUAUCAAGUGAUUGAACGGGUACAAAUUAAUAGCUCCUACAUGAAGAAAUUAUGCUUUACCGUUUACUAUAGUGAACCUUCAUGUGAAGUGAAUUGCAGUUGUUGUUUGUUUGAAUCAAUAGGAAUUUUGUGCAGACAUGUCAUAUCUGUACUUAGCAAACUUGAUGAUGUUUUGUUGUUGCCAGAAAAAUAUUUUUUAAAACGAUGGAGAAAGGAUUUGAAGCAGCCAUAUAAGUUAAUCAAAAGUAGUUAUGAUCCUUUGAGUGGCAACCCUAGUGCAGAUCGAUAUGUUGAAUUGUGCAAAUAUAUGUGUGUGUUAGCUGCAGUCGCAGCACCAAACGUGGACCAUUACACGGAAUUGAAGAAUGAUAUUGAUGUGCUAACUAAGAAAUUUAGUGAUCUAAGUUGUGUACCAAGUCCACCUUUCCAAUUACUCCCAAGUGCAUCUACAACCGGUAGUUUGGCCAUUGAUUGUACGGCGGUGGAGAUUCAUAGUCCUCACGUGGCUCGAAUUAAAGGGAAGCUAGUAUCAAAUAGGACGAUGUCUGCAGUUGAAAAAACGGUUGUCAAAAAGGCAGGAGGAAACAAGAAGAAACAGAGUGACACAAAUCCCAAUCAACAGGUGAAAAAAAAAAAAAGAUAUGUCAAAGAUCGUUAGUAGAUGAACUGGACACAUGUGAAGAUCUGUUAGCUUGUGUAACUGAUUUACAACAAGACCAAGUAAUUGGAACUCAAAAUAGUAUAGUUACACAGAGCUUCAUGAAUUCACAGUCAAUAUGUUCAAUUGAAAGAGAGGUAGAUGCAAAAAAAGAGGAACAACAGGAAAAUGAAAAAUAAUCCAGCCGAGGGUCUUAAUCUUUUGGUGGAAGCAAUGGAGCAAGCGUUAUGGAAUGGCUAGGGAUGAAGGAAUUUGUGGACAUAACCUAGUGUUGUUUGUAAUAUGUUCUAGUAAUAUGUAAUUUAGUGACAAGUGUUGUGAAUAGUUUCAGACUUUUAGAGUAUAUUGUCAUUUUCUAUGUGAGAUUUUUGUUUUAGAGCAAGAUUGAGAUGAUACAUCCAUGUUCAGAUGGAGUGAGUGCUCAUUGUUUUUGGGUCUCAAUAUUCUUACAGAUUGAUAGUUGUAGGUGAAUUACCAAUCAUCCGGUUGGCUUCAAUGGCUUGUGUCUUUCCAACUUGGUUAGGAUCGACCAUUUUUCUUUUUUCUUUUGAAUGUGGAAGAACAGGAUGAUGUGAAGAAGAUGGAAUUGUACUUCAUUGGAAUCAGUCUAUGGAAUUUUAGAUGAACAAAGGCUUUCCUGCUAGCUGCUAUA